GUACGUAAUUAGUAGGAAAUUGCAUUCAAAAUACUCAAAUAUCAUUUGCUUCUUGCCCAUCAUUUAGUGCAGAUAGUAGAACCCUAUCACUUAAUUAUAACUGUUUGUGUGCCAAGAUGUCACUAAAAUUUAAAAUCGUGUUUAAAGAGGCGUUCUUAAUUUUGUCAUCAAUUUUCUUGUCCGUAUUUAUCCUUCCAUUUGUCCUCGUUCUUUUUGUCUGUCCUCUCUACAUGUACAGAAGGAUUGUCAUAUUUUUCGCCCCCAUUUUCCAAGCAUUGUUUCAAGCCCCGUUAAGUUUGAACGACUUUCUCGUCGUCUGCGACGACAUCCAUGGUCGACCAAGGAACUCGUGUUGUGGCGUCAUUUACUUGAAGGGACGACCCGCCUUUGCCGAUGUGGUGCGAAGAGUGGAAAAAGCCUUGGAUGGGCGUCCUGAACUCACCUCUACACUGACCCGCUGGAUGUCGGUCUAUUUCUGGAAAACCUGCCAAAAUUUCUCUCUUUCGAAUCACGUCACACAAAACGAUGAAUCCGAUCCUGACAAAAUAUCCGACCUGCUGAUAAACCUAAUCGAAAAAGGAUACCCACUAGAAAAUCCGCUCUGGGAGUUUAUCUAUUUCCGAAACUACGCCCACCCCGAGUUCGGCACAUCAUCCGCCAUUGUGUUAAGGUUUCAUCACCUUCUCGGCGACGGGUUGGCGUACAUGGCGCUAAUCCGAGAUUUAUUCGAUCCAAGUCCCACGUUGGGAACGGAAAUUGAAAAAAUUCUAAAAACUCUACGAACAAAAUUGACGCUUUCUCCAUGGAAGAAGUUUUGCUACUUGGGUGAACUACUUUUUAUCACGCCGAGUCAAACCUUGUACUACUAUCUGAAAGGGUUGAAUUCCGAGGUCGUACCAAUUAAAGAUAAGAAGACGGUGAAUAUUAAUUCUGGUGUGACCCAUGCCGCCACACGGGUUGACCUUUCGGUGCUUAAAGACAUCUCGAAAAAGACUGGGGUCAAGGUGACCUCCAUAAUUCACGCCGGCGUGACAGGAGCGAUCCGGAGGUUGCUACUGGAAAAGGGGAGUAAUUCGGACGGGGACUUAUCAACGAUGUACGUCCUGCCAAAAAUGAACCAUCCAGGAACAAUGACGAACAACAGUUUUGCCAUGCCCCUUAUUGCCCCCAUGACCCCGGAACCAUCUCAGGCUGCCCGUCUUGCCAGGAUUUCUGACCAAUUUGACCGCAUCCUCUUUUCCCCCCUUUCACUCGGAAUGAUGGCCGCGACCAGCCUGGUGGGCUUGAUGUACGGGACUUUCGGAACGUCCAGCACGCGCAUGCCACAUGUUGCGAGUUGCAUCCAUUCAAACGUGGUAUUUGUCGGGGAGCCGAUGAAGUUACUGGGUCACGUGGCAGAAACGGGGAUACUUUACCCAGGUUUGCAACCUGGGGGACAUCACUUCGUCGUUACGACGACAAGUUAUAAUGGGAAACUUACCGUCCAACUGACCGGAAGUAGGGUCGUGUUUCAUAAACGGGAGGAUUUAGUGAAAGUUGCAGACUACGUAAGGGAAGAAUUUGACAUGUUGAAUAAGGAUGGAAAUGUAGAGAAUGGUGACAUCCAACGAUUUGAUGAACACGAUAAGAAAAAUGUUUAAUAGGUAAUUAUUUUGUUGAAUAUUUAAAUAUGAAAAUGUGCAAUGAUGAGUUAAAAGAAAAAUUGUAAAUAUGUAUUUACAUACUGCGUUUCGAUACAAUCAAAUCUUGCGUAUGUAUGUAUGAUUUACAUUUAAUAAGAUUGAUGGUCUGGUCAUCCAAUGUGUCAGUUAAAGUCAAAUGUUUCAAGAUUUUACAUACCUACAUUAUUUAAAUAAUGUAGGUAUGUAAAAUCUUAACUAAUAAUUAACUAAUAAUUAUUAGUUAAUUACAGAAUUUAUUCUUCAAUAAAGUUGUUAUGUAUGUAUGUACCAGUCCUAUAACUUGGGCAAAUAAUCAGUAAAUAUUUACAUGGAACGUUUUAUGAGCAUGUUUAAUGAAAAUUGUAUUGUUCAAAUGUUCUUUUUUUUGGAACAUUAAGUAAAAUGUGCAAUUAACUCAUACAUAAUACGCUUUUUGCUAAAUAUUUAAUAAUUUUGAACAUGCAUCUUAACAUACAACCAUUUUAAUUUCAUACGUACACUUACCCUAAUGACGUCAUGCACACCUCUUCUGACUCAAAACCCAACUCUGAAUGCAAUCUCUUCUACAUACUCGGACCAGGUAUUCCCGUACAAGCAUUUCUGGUGAUAAAUCCCAAAGUAUUAGAGCUAUCUGGUCGAAAUUUUUAUGGAUGAACAAGGUAUUAAUAUUGUUUACAAAUCAUAACUUCUUUUCCAAGAUUUCGUCCACCGACUUGUACGCAAGACAUAAGUCGUGGUGGAGACUGAUCGCUCGCGGCACGCGCGGUUUUCAUGGGAAAAGCGACCAGAUCUUCAGUAAGUACGACCUCAGGCCUUCCACGCUUUCCUGAGAUUUAGAACAUACUUACAUCUAUUAUUUUGACCACCAGUCAUAAUUUUGGGAAUUCAGGUCCGCAGGUGCUGAGGACCGUUCUUGCGAUGAAAUAAAGUCAUGAAAAUUCGUCCAAAACGAUUUUUGGACAAUUUUUGCACCGUGAGCAGGAGCAAGAUCUUGUUGGAUGGUCGAAUGUUUAUUUCCCGAGGUGUCAGUGUUCAGGGGUUUAAUGAUUGGCUCCAGGACACUCCAAAAAUAUUUCUUGGCUCGAACUGUUACUCUUUGCGGAAAAAACAGAGAUUUGCUUUUUCCAGCCAACUCGCUCCAUUCUAACCAUGUUGGUGACUUCUAAUUGACUUCCGCAUACUUAAGGGGAUGUCCGACUUCCGUAGAGCAAAUAUCUGUCCCUUUUUCUAUUAAAUUUUUCUCCAACGGUGGAAAGUCUGAACUACUUUUUCCAAGAAUAUGGCCGCGUGCCACGAUCGACCGAUCUCUACAACGACUUAUGUCUUGCAUACAAGUCGGUGGACGAAAUCUUGGAAAAGAAGUUAUGAUUUCUAAACAAUAUUAAUACCUUGUUCAUCCAUAAAAAUUUCGACCAGCUCUAAUACUUUGGGAUUUAUCACCAGAAAUGCUUGUACGGGAAUACCUGGUCCGAGUAUGUAGAAUAAAGUAUGAAAAUUAUAUCAAUUAUGUAUUAAUUUAUAAGCCAUCCCAAAACGUUGUUAGUUAAAUGUACGCGACAUUGACGUGUUUCAUAAAUAAGUUUAAACAUCACUGUAUCAUGGAAAAUUUUAUUUAUCAAUAAAUUAUAGAAAACAAAACACGUGCUCUUUUAUCCCAACAGGUUUUUCUACCUUGCAAACGUGUGGUUUCAAAUGCUUAACUAUUUUCGUGGUGACAGUAUUUGGUAUCUGCAAAUAACAAAGUAUUUAACUAAAUGAGUCCAUAAACGAAUAAAAUGAAAGGUUAUAAAUCAAAAUGAUAUUCGGUCCAUUAUUCGUCUACCAGGAAAA